AUGGAAGACAGUAAAAAGAAAGGAUUGAUAGAGAGCGCUGUACUUGAUAUAGUAAAUGGUUCCAUUGCAGGUGCAUGUGGUAAACUAAUCGAGUUUCCUUUCGAUACAGUGAAAGUAAGGUUACAAACACAAGCAUCCAAUGUAUUUCCAACAACAUGGUCUUGUAUAAAGUACACUUACCAGCAUGAAGGUAUAGCACGAGGAUUCUUUCAGGGCAUUGCCUCGCCUUUAGUUGGGGCAUCUCUUGAGAACGCUACCUUAUUUGUUUCAUAUAAUCAAUGUUCCAAACUUUUAGAGAAGUAUACAAAUGUUUCCUCACUAGGAGAGAUUCUGAUUUCUGGUGGAGUGGCGGGUUCGUGUGCAAGCCUGGUACUAACACCUGUAGAGCUAGUAAAGUGUAAGUUGCAAGUCGCCAACCUAAACAGUAUAGCCACCGAAGUGAGACAUACAAAGGUGCUUCCUACAAUAAAGGCGAUUAUAGCCGAGAGAGGUUUAGCUGGAUUGUGGCAAGGACAAUCAGGUACCUUUAUUCGAGAGAGUUUCGGAGGUGUCGCCUGGUUUGCGACUUAUGAAUUGGUUAAGAAGGCUCUGAAAGACAGGCAUCCUCUUGAAAACCCAAGAAGAGAUGAAAGUAAAAUCUGGGAAUUGCUUGUUAGUGGUGGGAGUGCCGGUUUGGCAUUUAACGCUAGUAUUUUCCCUGCAGAUACUGUGAAGUCAGUAAUGCAAACGGAGCAUAUAAGCCUCACCAAUGCAGUGAAAAAGAUUUCCAACAAGUUUGGAAUAAAAGGAUUUUAUAGAGGGUUAGGUAUAACUCUUUUUAGAGCUGUACCGGCCAACGCUGCCGUUUUUUACAUCUUUGAAACCCUCUCUGCACUGUAA